AGGUUGAUCAUGAUGUGCUAAUCACAAACUCAUAUGAGACUGCAAUGAGGACAGCACAAAACUUCCUCUCCGUUUUCCUCAAAAAGUGUGGUAGUAAGCAGGGUGAAGACGACUACAGGCCGCUCUUUGAGAACUUUGUUCAGGAUCUCCUUUCUACGGUUAACAAACCUGAUUGGCCGGCUGCAGAGCUACUGCUGAGCCUUCUGGGAAGGCUGCUGGUUCAUCAGUUCAGUAAUAAGCAGACGGAGAUGGCUCUGAGAGUGGCUUCUUUGGAUUAUCUGGGCACAGUGGCUGCGCGACUUCGCAAAGAUGCCGUCACCAGCAAAAUGGACCAGCGCUCCAUCAACCGCAUCCUCGGAGAGAACUCAGGCAGCGAUGAGAUUCAGCAGUUGCAAAAGGCUCUGCUGAAUUACCUGGAUGAGAAUGUGGAGACUGACCCAUUUCUCUUGUUUGCAAGGAAGUUUUACCUUGCGCAGUGGUACAGGGACACCAGCACUGAGACUGAGAAAGCCAUGAAAUCUCAGAGGGACGACGAUUCGUCUGAUGGGCCUCACCACGCUAAAGACGUCGAGACCACUAGUGAGAUCUUGCAGAAAGCUGAAGCUCGCAAGAAGUUCCUCCGGUCUGUUAUUAAGACCACGGCAUCGAAAUUCAGCUCACUGAGAGUAAACUCGGAUACUGUGGACUAUGAGGACUCGUGUCUCAUUGUGCGAUAUCUGGCCUCCAUGAGGCCGUUUGCACAGAGCUUUGAUAUUUAUCUCACACAGAUCUUGAGAGUUCUCGGUGAAAGUGCCAUUGCAGUGAGAACUAAAGCGAUGAAGUGUCUUUCUGAAGUGGUGGCAGUGGAUCCCAGUAUUCUUGCGCGGCUGGACAUGCAGCGGGGCGUCCAUGGGCGAUUGAUGGACAACUCCACCAGUGUGAGAGAAGCUGCAGUCGAGCUGCUGGGACGCUUCGUUCUGAGCCGACCGCAGCUCACUGAACAGUAUUACGACAUGCUGAUCGAGCGCAUCCUGGACACGGGCAUCAGCGUGAGGAAAAGAGUUAUUAAAAUCCUGCGAGACAUCUGUCUGGAGCAGCCCACCUUCAACAAGGUCACGGAAAUGUGUGUGAAGAUGAUCAGGAGGGUCAAUGACGAAGAAGGCAUCAAGAAAUUGGUGAAUGAAACGUUUCAGAAGCUCUGGUUCACUCCUACGCCCAAUCACGAUAAAGAGGCCAUGACGCGCAAGAUUCUCAACAUCACAGACGUGGUCGCUGCCUGCAGGGACUCCGGUUACGACUGGUUCGAGCAGCUGCUUCAGAAUCUGUUAAAAUCAGAGGAGGACGCCUCAUACAAACCGGCCAGGAAGGCUUGUGCUCAGCUGGUGGACAGUCUUGUGGAGCACAUUCUGAAAUAUGAGGAGUCUCUCGCUGACUGUGAGAAUAAGGGGUUGACGUCCAGUCGCUUAGUGGCCUGUAUCACCACGCUGUACCUGUUCAGCAAAAUCCGACCGCAUCUGAUGGUGAAACACGCCAUGACUAUGCAGCCCUACCUGACCACAAAGUGUAACACUCAGAGUGAUUUUAUGGUGAUCUGUAAUGUGGCGAAAAUCCUGGAGCUUGUUGUUCCUUUGAUGGACCAUCCGAGUGAAAGCUUCCUCACCACUAUCGAAGAAGACCUGAUGAAACUCAUCAUAAAAUACGGCAUGACGGUUGUGCAGCACUGUGUGAGUUGUCUUGGCGCAGUCGUCAAUAGGGUGACCCAUAACUACAAGUUUGUCUGGUCUUGUUUCAACCGCUACUAUGGAGCACUGAGCAAGCUGAAGAUGCAGCAUCAGGAGGACCCAAACAGCACCGUCCUGGUCUCUAAUAAACCUGCACUGCUGCGCUCGCUCUUCACCGUCGGUGCGCUGUGCAGACAUUUCGACUUCGACCAGGAGGAGUUCAAAGGAAGUAAUAAGGUGGUCAUAAAGGACAAGGUGCUAGAACUGCUGCUGUAUUUCACUAAGAACGAUGAUGAGGAGGUGCAAACCAAAGCCAUCAUUGGUCUAGGGUUUCUGUUCAUCCAGGACCCAGGACUCAUGUUUGUUACAGAGGUGAAAAACCUCUACAACACCCUCUUGGCCGACAGGAAGACAUCAGUGAAUCUGAAGAUUCAGGUGUUGAAGAACCUGCAGACAUACCUGCAGGAGGAGGAUUCCCGAAUGCAGGAGGCCGACAGAGAGUGGAACAAAUUGUCCAAGAAGGAGGACCUGAAGGAAAUGGGCGACAUCUCGUCCGGCAUGAGCAGCUCCAUCAUGCAGCUCUACCUCAAGCAGGUGCUGGAGGCUUUCUUCCACACGCAAUCCAGCGUCAGACACUACGCCCUCAACGUCAUCGCCCUAACACUUAAUCAGGGGCUCAUUCACCCUGUACAGUGUGUCCCAUAUUUGAUUGCGAUGGGAACCGAUUCAGAGCCCACAAUGAGGAAUAAAGCUGAUCAACAGUUGGUGGAGAUUGACAAGAAGUACACAGGCUUCAUUCAUAUGAAGGCUGUGGCGGGGAUGAAGAUGUCAUAUCAGGUGCAGCAGGCCAUCGUGGGCUCGAAGGACACUGUGAUCAGGGGUUUCCGGCUGGACGAGAGCAGCACAGCUCUGUGUUCACAUCUGUACACGAUGGUGCGUGGAAACAGGCAACACCGCAGGGCUUUCCUCAUCUCACUGCUCAACCUGUUCGACGACAACACGAAGUCGGAUGUGAACAUGCUGCUGUACAUCGCAGACAAUCUGGCCAGUUUCCCCUAUCAGACUCAGGAGGAGCCGAUGUUCAUCAUGCAUCAUGUGGACAUUACACUGUCUGUGUCCGGCAGUAACCUGCUGCAGUCCUUCAAAGAGUCUCUCCUGAAAGAGCCGAGGAAAGUGGAGGUGGUGAAAAAGAAGAAAAAGAAGAAGAAGAAGAAGAAGCAGAAGCAGAAGCGAGGGAAGAAGUACGGCUCUGAGGAAGAGGAUGAGAGCAGUAGGAGUAGCAGCAGCAGUAGCAGCAGCAGCAGCAGCAGCAGUGACAGUGACAGCUCUGAAGAGGAAGUUAUUCAUCGGCGGAAGAAACCCAGACGGACCACCGCAAACUCCGAUUCCGAUUCUGACCUGGACGUGGAGGAUGUUGAUAAAGUGAUGUUGCGGCUGCCAGACAACCCAGAACCCCUGCUGGACUUCGCCAACGCGUCUCAGGGCAUCCUCCUGCUCUUGAUGCUCAAACAGCACCUCAAAAACCUCUAUGGCUUCUCUGACAGUAAAAUUCAGAAGUACUCGCCUACAGAAUCUGCAAAGAUUUAUGACAAGGCUGUAAACAGGAAAGCCAACGUGCAUUUCAACCCACGGCAGACGCUAGACUACCUGACCAACAGUCUGUCCAAUGCAGAUCUCAGCAACGAUGUCAAGAGGAGAGUCGUCAGACAGUAUUUAGAUUUUAAGGUACUGAUGGAGCACUUGGACCCGGAUGAGGAAGAAGAAGAGGGAGAGGCUUCAGCCAGUUCACACGCCAGAAAUAAAGCCAUCAAUGCUCUGCUAGGAGGCUCCAGUCCCAAGAAUAAUGCUGCUGAAUCGUACGACGACGACAGUGAAGUGGAAGAAAAGACUCCUGGGUCCUCCCGGAAGUCAAGGAGAACCGGAGAUUCGGCGGAGGCAUCAGGACACAGGAACGAAACCGUGGAAGCCACGGACGUCAUCGCUCUGUGCUGCCCUAAAUAUAAGGACCGGCCGCAGAUCGCACGCGUUAUUCAGAAGACCAGCAAAGGAUACAGCAUUCACUGGAUGGCCGGAUCCUACUCCGGCACCUGGGCCGAGGCCAAGAAACGAGACGGACGCAAACUGGUGCCUUGGGUGGACACUAUAAAGGAGUCUGACAUUAUUUACAAGAAAAUUGCCUUGACGAGCGCACACAAACUGAGCAACAAAGUGGUGCAGACUUUACGUUCACUGUACGCAGCCAAGGAAGGAUCUUCCAGCUAAUUAAACCUGUAAUAACUCUGGAACUGUUACACCCAGUAAACUCUCAGCAGCCAAACUUCAUCAGGAUUCAACGUUUUGUAAAGUCGGAGAUACUACAGACUCGCAGGUUUUAAGAUCCCACGCGGUAUUAAGGAAGUGUUGGUUUGUUCAGAUGUGAAUCCUGUACAUCUUUUUAAGUUAAACGGAGCUCCUUCGCUGUUGUGCAGCAAAACCUGGUUGUUUGAAAUAUUUUUUCCUCCCCCUUCACUGUAUCAUAGUUUAACACACAAAAACGCAAACAAAAAAUGUUUAUAUCUCUGACGAAAAAAAGAAAAAAAAGUCUGUUUAAAGAAAUAAACCUAAAGUGAAUGUUGGAAAUUAGUCUGUUGAUGUUCUUAAUAAAAGUGACCUUGGAGUUUAACCUAGCGCCGGAUGGAUUUCUUUAGCUUAGCUCAGUUUUCCAGGGAAAUAAACGUUGAAACAUCUCCUCUGCUUUAUGUUUGACUUCUUUUGUGCUGUAAAAUGGAGUCUCCUGGACAUAAUUUAUUCAGUUUGAAAGCAGAGCAUGCAGUAUCUGUCGCCAACAUGGACGGGAGGGAUCCUUUUGUAAAUGUAGAUUUUGAUGUAUUGGGUCAGGGGUCGGGUCUCUACACCCCACAGCGGGACACGGGGGACCCCAGCAUGUGUGGAGGAGCAAAUACUGCAAUAAAUUUUUUACUUCUCUUUCU